GGCUAAAAUAGAGACGAGUAAACGCAAGAUGGCUGAAGAAUGGUCAGACGAAAUUUUUGUAUGAAACAGAAAUACAAUAUCCUGAGGCUAUGAUUAUAAACAGCGAUAACUUAAGUGCAAUGAAUUUAGUUCAGAACCCCGUAUGCUAUGCAGAUGGCUCCAUAACCAGAGUUUGUUGUAUCGGUUACACAGGUGAUGGCUACAAUUGCAUCUCCGACUGCCCGAAUGGUUGUCCGAACGGUAGUUGCGUUGCCCCAAAUUUGUGUAGGUGUGACAAAGGAUUUACUAAAUACCGCGGACCAUACUCAGCCUGCGAACCAAUACCAACCACACCUGAAACUAGUACCUUGGAGACCACAUUUGAAACCACCCCGAUGACCACAUCAAUGCCGAAUUGUUUUGAUUUCUGUUACAAUGGCACAUGCGUUAACAAUUUGUGUAAUUCUACUUGCCUUGAAGGCUUUGAACAACAAGCUGAUAAUCACUUCGUAUGCAAAAGUAAACUUGUAGUCUCGGGCAGCAGCACAACGUGGACUCAUUAUAAUUUAAUUCCAUAUUUUGUUUCAUCAAUUUAUAGUUAUAUAUUUGCUAAGGAAUUAUUUAUAUUUUUGUAAAAUACACAGUAAAUGGAAUAAUGGAAUGAAAUUCGCAUUAAAAAGA